UCAGAAGUGGCUGCUCCUGAUUGGCUGCCGGUCCGAGGCAGAUUUGAAAUAGUAUCGCUGCGGUCAUAGGAGCUGCAGUGCCACACCAAAGGCCGCCGACCACAGCCUCCUCCGUUGCACCGCCGCCCUCUGCCUUCUCCUCCGCUGCACCGAUGCCGCCCUCAGCCUCCUCUGCCGCCCUCAGUCCUUCUCUGCACCUCUCUGCACCUCCGCCAACUCCCACAGCCUCCUUAUUCACGCACCAUCUCCGAGGACCACAGCCUCCUCCGCUCCGCGCCGACCACAGCCUCCUCAUCCACCGCACCGCAGACCUCAGCAUCCUCAGCACCACCACUGCUAAAUAGGGCUCAUUGGAAUGGAAUUUGCCAUCGUCAGCUCAGGUACUACAAGCAGUCCCAUAGUCCUGCACAUGAUGACGCUUCAGAAACAAAUGGGGGCUUUGGUUCAGGAAAAUCUAUCUCCACCACUACUAUCUGUGAUUACACCUGGGACCUUCCACGUGGGCCAGUCCGUUGAGGUGCAAUGUACAGCACCCACAAGUUACCUGGAAUGCUUCUUCUACCUCUUUUCAGUGAGCAGUGGGGACAUUCUACAGAAAUUGCAAGCUCCAGAGAACAGGAGCAGUGUCAUGUUUACUCUCCACAAUUUCCCUAACUGGGGAACAAUGAUGUAUGUCUGCAAAUACCAGUGCAGGGUGGGAGAUCUGUCCCAAGAAUCUGAUUCCAGCGACGUCCUCUCCUUGACCAUUCUAGAUGGACCAGGUCCGACAGAUUCAUCCCACACUUCAGCUACUGAAUACGUUCCUCUAUGGGUCACGAUAUUAGUUAGUGGAGUAGGCGGUUUUGUCAUCCUUGUGGCUGCAGUUUAUGUGACUGUGCGCGUGGUGCGAAGACAUAAACAGAAGAAACAGGAGCAGAGGGAUAAAGAGUCCAUUUGGAUUGAUCAAAGUGUGACAAAAGAUUGGUACAUCAGUCACCAAAACCAGAUGUUUUCCUUGCAUGAGAAUUCCACCUCAGAGACUGAUCUCCCCCAUCCUGAAAUAAACUGUAAAGACUCUCUAACGAAAAGUAGGCCUGUUGUAACUUUCAGCAGUUUCAGAACAUAAAAAUCUGCCUUACAAGAUCCAAUAAAGACUGAGACUUUGUUAUUAUCCAUAUCCCAGCUGAUAAUGAUCUGUGCACAUUCAGUCCUAAUCCGCUAUUGUUGGCUGGUAAGAGUCACUGAUAGUGAAGGUACAUAGGCUUUCGGGAACAAUGUCCCAACAUGAAAUGAGGCCUCCAAACAACUCUGGUUUUAUUAGAAGGUGAACAUAUGGCAUUCCAGCUACAGAAGAUGUCACAUUGUAUGAUAUGGUACAUACCAGUUACACAGGAUGUCACAUUGUAUGAUAUGGUACAUACCAGUUACACAGGAUGUCACAUUGUAUGAUAUGGUACAUACCAGUUACACAAGAUGUCACAUGACAGCAUAUGAUAUACCAGGUAUACAGGAUGUCACAUGACAGCAUAUUGUAUACGAGCUACACAGGAUGUAUCAAGUCAGCAUAUGGUGUACCAGCUACUCAGGAUCUCACAAGCUACUCAGGAUCUCACAAGUCAGCAUAUGGCAUACCACCUACACAGGCUUUCACAAGUCAGCAUAUGGCAUACCAGCUACACAGGAUGUCACAAGUCAGCAUAUGGCAUACCAUCUACACAGGAUGUCACAAGUCAGCAUAUGGAAUACCAUCUUCACAGGACGUCACAAGUCAAAAUAUUGCAUACCAGCUACACAGGACGUUACAAGUCAGCAUAUGGCAUACUAGCUACACAAGACGUUACAAGUCAGCAUAUGGCAUACCACCUACACAGGCUUUCACAAGUCAGCAUAUGGCAUACCAGCUACACAGGAUGUCACAAGUCAGCAUAUGGCAUACCAUCUACACAGGAUGUCACAAGUCAGCAUAUGGAAUACCAUCUUCACAGGACGUCACAAGUCAAAAUAUUGCAUACCAGCUACACAGGACGUUACAAGUCAGCAUAUGGCAUACUAGCUACACAGGACGUUACAAGUCAGCAUAUGGCAUACCAUCUACACAGGAUGUCACAAGUCAGCAUAUGGAAUACCAUCUUCACAGGACGUCACAAGUCAGCAUUUGGCAUACUAGCUACACAGGACAUUGCACAGGAAUCAAAAUCAGCAUAUGGUAAACCAGCUACACAAGAUCUCAGGAUAUGGCAUUACAUUUAUACAGGAUCUAACAGGUCGGCACAGAGUACUGGAUUGUAGUAUAAUAGCACAAGGACUUCAUGACUUUCAAUGGGUUGGGUAUGUUAGACCAACUGCCGCGAUCCCAGCGGUCAGCAUGGCGACACCGGGAUCCCGGCAGCAGAAUGCCGGUGGGAUUGGGGGGGAUGGCGAGCGCAAUAAGGCGCUAUGCAGCUCGCUCGCCACAGGUUCUAUUCCCACUCUAUGGGUGACGUAGACACCCACGAGUGGGAAUAGACCCUGUCAGUCAGCAUUUCGACUGCUGGCAUUUUUAGCGUUCGGGAUACCGGCGUCGGCAUGCUAACCGCCAGGAUCCCGAGUGUCGGUAACAUAACUGCAUCCCCUUUCAUACUAUAGUUGUGUUACAGAUAACAUAUGUAACACAUUUUUGUCCAUGGGUAGUACAGUAAGUGCUGUUUUUUAACUGCUUAUGUCUCAAAAGUAUGGAACAUUGUAUUUAUUCCCUUCAAACUUUGCUUUUGUGACCAGGGAAUUUUAUUAUUUGAAAUUUACCUAUUUCAGAUGAGAAAAGCGCAAAUUUGCAUUUUUUUUACACGUUUUGAAAAAAAUCAACGUAUGUAUGAAAAUUUGCAUAAAAAGUUGUACAAACAUGACCACAAAAGAAUUGUGAGUAGCUUUUCGAUUUAUGAUUAUACAGUACAUUACUUUCAUGAAUCAGCCCCCAGAUGUAGUCUUCUACCAUGUUCUCAUUAUUUUGUUCUUGUUAGUGGCGUUCAAACUCCAGAAUAUCCUGAUGGAAGCACUCGCCUUGCUCCACUGGGUACACUCCCAUGUCCUCCUUGAAUUUCUCAAGAUGAGCAUCAAGAAUAUGAACUUUGAAGGACAUCCUGCACUUCAACUUCUUCACCAAAGUCUCAAUCAACUCCACAUAGUUUUCGGCCUUGUGACUGCCCAGGAAGCCCAGAACCACUGUGAUAAAGCUAGUCCAAGCAGCUUCCUCCUUCUGAGCAAGCAUCUUUGGGACUUCCUUGCACUGCAGGAUCUUCCUAAUCUGUGGUCCCACAAUUACACAGGCCUUGCUCUUUGCCUCAGACAGCUUAGGGAAGAAGUUUUGAAGGUACUUGUAGGCUGCCGAAUCCUUAUCUAGAUCUAUAACAAAUUAUUUCCUAAGGCCCAACUUAAUGUGUAGUUAAGACAUCAGCACCUUCCUGUAGUCCACCAGUGGCUCCCACUGGAUGUUAUUCAUCCCCACACAAAACUCUGGGCCUAAUUCAGACCCAGCC